AUGACGGACUUAACGAACCUUAAAAAUCAAGCUCCUAGUUCCGACUUCGUUUCGUUGUUUGGCAAGCUCAGGUCCAUACGUCCAGUUGAAAAAGCUACUUCAGAGGUAGACCUCCUUUUCCUCCUACUCCUAAUUAUCCUCCACACCAUCGUCCUUCUCCUCUCGCCGCUAAAUCAUUCUCCUCCUACUCCUCCUCCUCCUACUUCUACUCCUACUCAUCCUCCUCACCAUUCUCCUGCUCCUCUGCCGCUGCUAAAUCCUUUUUCUCAUCCUCCUCCUACUUAUCCUCCUCCUACUCAUCAUCCUCCUACUUAUCCUCCUCCUACUUAUUCUCCUCCUAAAUAUCCUCCUUAUACUCCUCCUAUUUUUUAA